AUCCAGUCGGCUGGAACCAGAGCAGACGUGGACUCUGACGGGUCACAAGUCUCAUCACUUUUGCUCCAGACCACCACGUGAACGCGCGUCUUGACAGGCAGCCAGAUAGGACGUCACAAGGGAAGGGAUGAAGCAAAGGAGGAAGGAAGGAGGUAAAUAAUGUGACAGGAUGUUCUUGCCUUGAGCAGCCAGCAGAACAUCCGCGCACGCACUCUCGCACUCACCCCAAGUGUGAGCAUGACCACCGAGCUGGACCGGCCCAUCCUGGUUCUGGAGGAUUCCGAUCACGGCAGACAGCGUGAGUGAGAGAGCGAGAGAGAGAGAGAGAGAAAGAGAGAGAGAGAAAGAGAGAGAGCCCUUCGAACCUUCUUCACGUCCUUCCAUCCUUCCUUCAUCGCUGAUGCUUCACGCCGCGUGACGCUACCUCCGCUUGAGCGCACACAACUUUGAUCCAGGAUCGGUGGAAGCAGAGCCUGGCAGAAGGUGGCGUCAUGGGCUGCGGAUUGCGCAAAAUGAAGCCCACGUCGGAGGAGAAGAGUCCAGGGAAGAUCUACUCCACUCUGAAGAGACCACAGGUAGAGACCAAAGUAGGCGUUGCCUACACAUACCGCUACCUGGACUUCCUGAUUGGCAAAGACGGAGGGACUUCCACAUUGCGCCUGUCCUCAGUGCGAGAGCUCCCCGGACAGUUAGCAGAACUUUACCAGCAGGGCUUCGUUCUGGCGGCCAUCCAUCCCUUCAUCCAUCCCUGUGGCCCGGAGUCCAACAGCCCGCAACACCAACUCUACCGUGCCAUCCUGGUGCAGCUAAGCGAUGGGGCGGACAGGAGGCAGCCCAUGCAACCCCCAUACAAGCUACAGCUGGAGAAGUGCCUGACCGCAGAGCAGGUGCCCACCCCCGAGCUCAUCCAAGGCUACGUCAAGAAGCAGAUCCAGGAUGCGGCCGACCAGGGGGUCAUGUUCGUGGGGUUCAUCCAGGAACCGUACGGAGCGCCCUGCACCAGGAUCAGAGAACCAGACACUCCAUCUUUGUCCCUGCACUCCAGCCCCAGCUCGGUGCUCCGCUCCCUGGGCAGCAGCAGUCCCUCCAACCCCUCCAGCCCCGCCCUCCACGCAGACCUGGGCACUCCGGAAGAUUCCUCAGGCCAAGAGAGGUCUGAAGACAAAGUAGCGGUAAAGGAUAUGGUUGGAAAUACCGGGAACCACUCGGGGAGCCAGGAUGAAGUCUCAGCCGCUUUGUCUCUGAUAUCGGAGGAGCUGACGGAGGACGAGUCUCCGUGUCACAAUAACAAUAAGGACAACGGGCCAGAGAUGAAGCAGGGGCCGAAAUACCUGCAGAAAGCCAGUGGGGCGGAGCUACUGGCGUUGUACAACCAUCCUGCUGUCCGGGAGGGUCCCGCCAAAUACUACACGGUCAAGGUCCCUCUGAGGGUCCAGAGUUGCGACGAAGGCAUGAAAGAGGUGGAGGCCAACUGGCUGGACCACAUGACCCAGCACUUUAAUAACGGAGCCUCGCUGGUCGACGGACACUUCCACCUGGGGGGCCUUAACGAUGUGCUCCCCAAGUCAGUGGAGAGCGUCUUCGUGUUCCAGGAGGCAAGUGACAGCGAGGUCAACACCACAUAUGACGCCAUCGUGGUGGAGCAGUGGACCAUCAUUGAUGGUUUGCAGGUGAAGGCUGAUUAUAUCCCCUUGCUGCAAUCCUUGGCAAUGUUUGGAUGGAGACUCACCUGUGUCCUACCGACACCUGUCAUCAAGACCAACAGUGACGGCAGUCUGGCGACAAAACAGAUUGUGUUCCUGCAGCGACCCGUCUUGGGUCGAAAGCGGAAGGAAUCCAAGAAGCUGAUCUUCAAACCCCGCGGCAAGUCCAACAAGAACUGCAUCAAAGACACAGCCAAGAACAAAAAGAUCAAAAGUAUGGACAAAAACGUAGACAGUCCCAAGAUUCCCGACCGCAGAGACAAGGAAGACAAUGAGAAGACAGGAAGUAUAACCAGAGAGAGUGAGAAACCAAAACAGCAGGAUGAGCAGAUUGAAGACGCUAGCGAUGUCCACGUAGAACCUGUCCACAGGAGAGAGGACACGGCCGAGACAGAAGACAGAGGAGCAGAAGAAGACACAGAGAAGGACAAAGUAAAGUCUGAACUCCACACAGAGAAAUCGAAGGAGACGGAAGUCCUGGAAGUGACAGAAACCACUGCAACCGUCCAAACCGAGCCGAAGACCGCUGACGACAAGGAAGAAGAAGUUGAAGCUGUGGUUGAAAAUGGCGUAGAAACAGACCAAGGCAACGAAAAAGAUGAAGACCAGGAGAAAUGCCAGGCCGAAGAAUCACAAACCAUAGAGGUAACCUCUAAGGCAAGCGUGAAGGACUCUCCAACCCAAAUGAUGAAUCAGAUCCCACAGGAGUAGACCCCUACCUCUUCAGUUCUUCAAGUCCAGACUGGGUUCUCUGAGGAUCUCCACAAGCUGCAGCAGUCUCUAAAACUGCCAUCUUUCCUGAUUCUGCUGUAUAACCACAUUGUGAAUGUAUUACAUCUUUACAUCUUCUAGUCAUUAUGAAGGAACUGGAUCAGGAUCCACAAGAGUGCUUUUACAAAAAGAAUUACAUUUAAGCGCCAAGGCUCGGCGUUGAUGAUCAAGCUGGCUAGCAUUCUGUUAGCGCUUAGCAAGGCCAGGCUGAAUGCGAGAUCUUUACGACUGACAGAAACUGACUUCAACAUGCAGCGUUGAUGUUUUUGGAGAAAGGUUAGCCAGAAGAGGAAAGACAAUGACAUUCCACCGGCUGUCUAAAGACAGAAAAGAUUGAUCUUUAGUUUUCUUCUGCAUCGUGAAAGUGUUCCUUCAUGCAGUACUGACAACUUGGUUGGGGGGGGGGGCGACAACAACACCGGUGGAGGUGUUUGUUCGCGACAGGCAAUCCAAAGUAGUGUGAAGAGAUCUUUGUUUAUGCCGAGCUCCGAGCCUCCCUGAGGUGUUUUCAGAGCGAGACGAUGCUCCGAAGUGUGACACGCUACGCUCACCUUGCAUACAGAAUGUUCCAAACAUGAGGAUGUGAAAAUCAUCUGAAUGCAAUGUAGCUUUUACGGAUGUCUUCACACUCUCACUUUCAUUUCAAGCAAAAUAAUUUGUCGGCAUGCCAAUGCUAGCUGUAAGCUGAACGUUAGCAAAAGCAGGAGUUGCGUUGUUUGUGAUUGAAGGGCAAUCUCUCCGGAUCCAUUAUUCUGGACUGUUGAGUUUGUAGAGCUGUAUUUACCAGCCACACACCGACAAAAAAAUCACUUUUUCGAAGUGCGGUGAAAUGGAAACAAAGAAAGCGGCUGUGAGCAUGCAGCACAAUUAACACCAUAAAUGGGCUUCUAUUGAAGUAAAUCAGUUUUUACCUCUCUUAAGUACCCCUUUGCAAACAUCACUUGCAACAGUAGCUUAUUUUCAUGGCAUUGUGCUGCACUGUAUUAGUAAAAACGGGGCU